AUGGGAGCCUCACUUUCAACGGAGCGACGCACACAGCUGCUCUCUGCAGUUACUGUCGCCACAGCAGCUGCCGCGGUGUGGUGGCUGACGAGUCGGGAUGGGUGGACUGCCAAAGCAGGCGGCCAGUCGGGUUCAUGCGAGAUCUCUGAGAAAGAAACCGAGGCCGCUAUGAAGGAGAUCUGCGAGGAGUUCCAUGCAGUCUUCACAGAGCUCGCUCAGGUGUCAAGAAGCGUAAUCAGCGCUAUGCAAGACCAGGGUUUCCAAAAGCCCGUCCCGCGGGAACAGGUGGAAGCCAUGCUUAUGCAGCAGAUGUUCCGAGAGCGGCUUAACGCUGCAGAGUCUGCGGUACUCGCCAGGCGGCGACUUUCGAAAGAAUCUCUCGAACGCGCAUGCGGCGCGUAUAGAGAAAAGAAUGACACCAUCGGUCUCUACUUGGACGGUUUGAAGGCUAUGUAUAGAGACGCGGUUGAUGGAGUGCUUCCGCUGCUCCCAGGAGCAACGUUGCCAGAGGGACUCACGGAAGACAACAUUCUUGUCGUUCUAGAACAGAUCCACAAGGCCAAGCAUGCUCGCUUCAAGGAGGUUCUGGGCAACACUGACUCUGAGUCGCUCUCUCCCGCCUCGCCUCUCACGAGACAGCUGCAGGAAUGCAACAGGAAGGCAGAGGAGGAAGUGCUGGCAAAGGGAGAGCAUGCAAGAUUGUCAUCCAAGAUGCUUCUCCACGCGGUGGCAGUCUUCUCACGCCGGCCUCAAUUCAAACUCAAGAAGCAACUGCUCGACGAGAUGCACACGGAGACUAUUAUGGGACUCAUGAGCAAGCGAAAGAAGACAGGCGUGGCUCCGCCGAAGGCGGCGGCAGAUACCUGCAUAGUGGCGGCUUUGCACCCGAAAGUGGAAGAGACGAAUUCUGAGGAGCUUCUUCUCCGCCUGCAGAGCUGUGCCGACUCCGGCGCGGGGGUCGUGUGUUUGGUCGUGCGCGGAGAAGAAGGAAAUCAUGAAGAAGUUCAGCUGGGAGUGGCAGCCGACACAACAGAGGCCAAGGAGAUCCCCCAUAGCCGAGGCGGUAUUCUGUCUUUGAGACAGCUCGACGAGUUUUGCAGGGCUGUUGACGACAUGGAUCAUCCGGAUAUCUCGUUUGUAUACGUCGUGCACCCAGAGGCUCGUCGCGUGGAAACAGAUGAGAUAAAAACAGCGGCUGCGCGAGCUGAAGAAGACGGCGCAGCUUACUUGUUUUUCAAAGGCUCGGCUCUCCACACGGCAGCGGCGACACUGCAAGACCUUGUGCAAGCAGUCCGCCUGGAGCAGAAGAUAGGUUCGGCGGGCCGCCCUCGCGAAGCAACCAAAGACGAGGAGGGUGGGGGAGACGGUUCGCACUCGGCUCCCGGCGACACUUCUGGUGAAAGUGCCUUGCCGACGACACAAGGCGUAUCAUCCAAUUCAGGGGAUGCCGAGGAGGCCCUGCCCUCGGUUGACUCGCCGGGCGCGUCUUGCCCCGCCAGCGAAGGGAUCCACAUCGACGGAGUUGCGUUGGACGGAGGGGCAACUGGGGCAGGCGAGAAGAAAGCAUCUGCGGGUUUGGGGAGUAUGGCGCCCCAAGGCUCUUGA